GCCAGUGUCUCCAGGUUGGCUUGCAGAGAUGAAGGGGAAAUGGAAGCCGAGAAGCAAGAGCAACCAGACGACGACGACGACGACGACGAAGAAGAAGAAGGGGAAUAUAGUGUUGCACAGAUACAUGGUGGCGGUGGAUGAGUUUGUUCAGAGCAAGAGUGGCACGGAGGAAACCGAGCCUGAGCCUGAGCCCGAGCCCGAGUUGAGAGGCGUGAAGAGGAAGAGCAGGAAGGAGCUGCGCAAGGAGAAGAGAAAGAUGAAAAAGGCCAAAAUGAAAAGUUACUACGAGGGGAACAAGGCGCUCAGUUUGCCCGCAGACGAUGGUGAUGGUGACAUCUCGGGUGAGAAACAGCCACCUUUGCAGGAGAAGGAGAAGAAAACAAAGAAAGCGAGUAAAGAGGUGUCAAAAACAAAAGCAAGUCGACCUGCUGGAGCUGAAAAGGGGAAAUCAGGGAAGUCUGACACGCCAGCGUCUUCCAAGACAGGCAAGAAAGUGAAUAAGCUCCAAGAAUCGAGAAAGAUGGCGCUCAUGGAAGCAAAUGAGCAAGAGGACAGAGAGAUAAAGAAGCUGGAGCGACAACUGGGAUUGAACAAGAGGAAGAACAAAAAAACUCUCCCUCAGUCCUUUGUCGCCGAUGGACUUGAUUACAUCCUCGGUGUGCUUGACUCCAGCUCUUCGGCUGUGGGGGUGUACGAUGACGACGAGGACGUGGACAUGGCCAAAGCGAAAUUUGAAAAGCUGGGAGAGAGUGACUCUGCUUCGUCGGAUGAGGACGAGGAACCUGGAGAUGCGAUGGCAAGUGAAGGCAGCGAUGAAGACAUGUCUUCCUUAGAUGAUGAGAAGGAGGAGGAUAUUGAGGAUGAGGUGGAGGAGGAAGCGGAGGAGGAGGAGGAGGAAGAAGAAGAAGAAGAAGAAGAAGAAAUGGAGGAGGACGAAGAAGAGAUGGAUGAGAGUGAUGAAAAUGAAGGAGACACAGAGGAAGAAGCGGUAGCUCCUGACACUGAGACAUCAGAGUCCGUCCCAGAAAAUACUUCCUCUACAACUGGAAAGUACGUGCCGCCUCACUUACGCAACAUUGGAGAUGACAAACGCAAAGCUGAGCUCGUAAAGCUAAAGAGGAAUGUGAAAGGUCUGCUCAACAGGCUGAGUGAGGCCAACAUGGCAUCUAUCUGUGGUCAGCUAGAGGAGAUAUACAUGAACAGCAGCAGGAAGGACAUGAAUGACACCCUGACUGAGGUGCUACUAGCAGCCUGCGUCACACCGGCCCUGAUGCCCGACAGGCUGCUGAUGGAGCACGUCAUGCUGGUCAGCGUCCUCCAUAACGCCGUCGGUAUAGAGGUGGGGGCCCAAUUUCUCGAGACAGUUGUGCGGAAGUUCGACGAGAUGUACAAGAACCCCAGUGAAGGCAAAGAGUGUGACAACCUGGUGGCAAUCAUUGCUCACCUCUACAACUUCCAGGUGGUGCAUUCUGUCCUCAUCUUCGACAUCCUCAAACUUCUAGUGGGAGCGUUUACAGAGAAAGACAUUGAACUAGUUCUGUUCGUGCUGAGAAACGUCGGCUUUGCCCUGAGGAAGGACGACGCCCUGGCUUUGAAGGAGCUCAUCACUGAUGCCCAACGCAAGGCCAGCGAUUUGGGGUCGAAGUUUCAGGAUCAAACCAGGGUGCGCUUCAUGUUGGAGACCAUGCUGGCUUUGAAGAACAACGAUAUGCGGAAGAUCCCGGGCUACGAUCCUGAGCUUUUGGAGAAGCUGAGGAAGUUGCAGAGGACUCUGAUCCAACGCAGUGCAGCAGGCAGUGACAUGAAGCUGAGGGUCUCUCUGGACAACCUCCUGGCCGCAGAGAAGGUCGGCCGCUGGUGGAUCGUCGGCUCCUCGUGGAGCGGAGCGCCCAUGAUCAGCGACCCAGGCAACACAAGCACCAAACAGAGUACUGCUGAAGGACAGUUUAGUGCCAAAGUCUUAGAACUGGCCCGGAAACAGCGGAUGAACACUGAAGUCAGAAGAAACAUCUUUUGUGUUCUCAUGACCAGCGAAGAUUACCUGGAUGCAUUCGAGAAAUUGCUCAGGAUGGGACUGAAGGACAAGCAGGAGAGAGAGAUUGUUCAUGUUCUGAUGGACUGCUGUCUGCAGGAGAAAACCUUCAACGCCUUCUACGCUGUACUGGGAGAGAAAUUCUGUACCCACGAUCGCCGCUUCCAGAUGACUUUCCAGUUCAGCCUAUGGGACAAGUUCAGGGAGAUGUCCAACCUUCCCUCCAAAACCUUAAACAAUCUGGUCCAGCUGGUCUUCCUCUUUCUCCAGAGAAAGUGCCUCUCGCUCUCCAUACUUAAAGUAAUCGAGUUUGGGGAGCUGGACAAGCCCACGGUGCGCUUCUUGCGUCAGGUUCUGACCAAACUACUAAAAGAAAGUGAGCCGGAGGAUCUAGCCAUCAUAUUUGGAAGGAUCUCAGGAAUUCCCAAGCUCGGAAUGCUGCGGGAGGGCUUGAAGCUUUUCAUCAGCCACUUCUUGCUGAAGAAUGCCCAGUCACAGGAACCAGCUGAGCAAGCAGCGAUGCUGUCGGAGCGCGCUCAGGUCGCCACCAAGGCCAUGGAGGCUAAAGAGGCCAAGCUCAAACUGUAAAACCACAACAGACUUACUUUAAACCAGAACUGUGCAUCACAAGACGGCUUGUUGGAGUGAAAUGCAUCUUAAUUCAGAGAACAGAAUCCUACGCUUUAUUUUAAACAAGAAAAAAAUAUGAUUUUGAUAUUAAAUCAACGUUCUUGACGUUAUUUUCCAUGAAGGUUUUAAGUAUGGUUGAUCACAAAUAUGCUUUUUUAGCAUAAACGAGUUCAUCUUUGAUUUUGUGGAUUAGAUAUGACAGAUUUAGCAUAUGUUCAAUUAUCUAAUAGCAUUGCAUUGGAUAUUUUGGAUAUUUCAUCUCCCAGAUACAUCGUUCAUGUUGUUGCUUCUACAUGGGUGAAAUAUCACAUGGUAUUAUAUCUUAACAAAUUCAUUUGAAAUCUUGGCACUGGAAAAUAUUUAUAUAAUUAAUUAAACAUUAAUCAAAAGCCAAAAGCUUUGAUAUAUUGUUGAGAGAAAGAUUUUUUUUUAAAAACUGCUUUCAUUUCCUCUGUUUUUCUUUAAUGUUCUUUUCUGAUUCUGUCCUCAUGGAGGCAGUGUACAGCAAGAGUUAAUAUCACAAGGUUCAGACACCUGGAGUCAUCCUACUGAGCUUCACUGGGUCUAUUUACACUCUUACACAAAAUAAAAUGCAUUAUAAUAGUC